GUUGAUCAAUAACUAACUGAAUGUGGCAUUGGGAGUUUUGUGGUCAGUUGUGAGUCUGCGGGGCUCAGUGCGAGUCUUCCCUCCAGGAUGAAGGUGUGGGUCAUCCUGUGGUUUGUGUUGUGUCUCUGCUGGAGGACAGAGGCUGAUUCCAGAUCGUAUCUGAUCACGGCUCCUCUCUCGCUCCGGUUGGAUGCAGUGGAGACUGUUCUGCUGCAGCUCUUUGGUUUUACAGCUGAAGUGACCGUCCAUGUCUUCCUGAAGACCUCCAUGGCUCCAGAUCACGUGGUUCUGGCUCGGGAGGUCGUGACCCUGAAUACCCAGAACCACCACCAGGCCAUUGCCAAAGUCCGGUUGUUUCCACAUCAGCUGGCUAAGAGUGUGAGUCAUGUGAUUCUCCACGUCCAAUCAAACGAGAUCAACCAGCACCUGUCCAUCCCCGUCAGUCGCUCCAACGGGUUCCUGUUCAUCCAGACGGACAAACCGCUGUACACACCGCAUCAGAGCGUCAAAGUGAGGGCGUUUUCCCUCAACCAGGAGCUGAGGCCGGCCAAUCGUAGCGUCUUCCUCACCUUCAAGGAUCCAGACCAGAUCACAGUGGAUAUCGUGGAGAUGUUUGAUGUGAACAAUGGAAUUCCAUCAAUGCAAAACCCUUUUAAGAUCCCCGUCAAACCCAAGUUGGGGAUCUGGUCCAUUGAAGCUUCUUACUCGAAUGAUUUCACCACAACAGCGAGAACUGACUUUGAAGUUAAAGAAUACGUUCUUCCCAGUUUAGCCAUCCACGUGGAACCAGAAGCAAACUACAUCAGCCAAGGGAGCUUUAACCGAUUCAGCUUCAAAGUCUCAGCGAGGUAUCUCCACGGAGCUCCGGUGGCCGAUGCUGAGGUGUUUCUGCGCUACGGCUACGUUAGCGGGAAAAAUCCUCCCGUUAUCAUCCCAAAAUCCAUCACCAGAGAAAGAUUGUCGUCUUCAGGUGAAGUGAACGUGAUUGUCAACAUGCAGAAGGUUUUGUCCAAACAAGACGGACCAAAAGACCUGAAUGGUGUGGUGGGAAAGUAUCUGUAUAUUGCUGUUCUGCUGGAGGAGAGUACAGGUGGAAUCAGUCAGGAGGCGGAGUUUGCUGCUGUGAAGUUUGUUCAAUCUCCAUACCGACUGAGUCUGGUGUCAACGCCUCCGUUCAUCAAACCAGGACUCCCCUACAACAUCCAGGUGCUGGUGAAGGAUCACCUGGAUCAGCCGGUGAACCGGGUUCCAGUCCGUCUGGUGGAGCGGCGGCUGUUCCGACAGGGGGGGGAGAGUGAGGACAUGCCGUGUCCCGACAGCGCCAACAGUCAAUCAGACGGCCUCGCUGUCUUCAUCUGCAAUACACCGAGUCAAGGAGUCCGGGCGGUGCUGAAGUUUGAGACGGCGGAUAUUACCCUGCAGGUAGCCAGUCAGGCAGCUCUGACCCUGGAGGCAUCGGCUUAUCACAGCCCCAACCAGCGCUACCUGUACAUCGACGCGCCGCUGCCCGGCCACGGCCUGGAGGUGGGAAGCUACGCCAGCAUCAAGGUGUACUCGGCCACGCCCUCCUACCUGGCCAUCAAGGCCCUCAGCUACCUGGUGCUCUCCAAAGGGAAGGUGGUGGACUUCGGCAGCAAGAAGUUUGUCUCCAGCGCCGACAACAAGCAGACUCUGAUCUUCGAGGUGACGGGGGCCAUGGUCCCGUCGGUCCGGCUGCUGGUUUACUACAUCCUGUACGGGGAGGGGACGUCCGAGCUGGUGGCCGACUCCGUGUGGCUGGACGUCAGGGCCAAGUGCGUCGAAGGACUGCAGACGGACGUGUCUCUGCGCAGCCAGAACCUCAAACCCAAGCAGAACCUGCAGCUGAAUGUCAGAACCAAUCAGAAUGGCCUGCUGGCUCUGUCGGCGGUAGACUCUGCCCUCUUCCCACUGAGACCCAACUACAGAGACCCUGUUUCCAUGGUCUUGCGUCACAUUGAGCAGAGUGACCGGGGUUGCGGCGGCGGCGGUGGCAGAGACAGCGCCGACGUCUUCAGACUGGCCGGACUGACCUUCAUCACCAACGCCAACACCCAGCCGUCCAGCAGCAGUGAAACGUGUACAGCUGCAGUCCGACCAAAGAGAGCUCUGACAGAGGAGGACAGGGCCAAGAAAGUGAAUAGUUACGGUUCAGUGAAGACCUGCUGUGAAGAAGGGAUGCAGUUCAUCCCAAAGAGCGUCACCUGCCUCCAGUUCGCCGUGCAGAAGUACAGGAAACACCCUAACUGCAGACGGGCCUUCAGAGAGUGCUGCGAGUUCUACCAGCAGAACCUGGACCAGAACCAGAACCUUGUCCUGGGUCGCCACGAUCUGGGAGCAGACUUCGACCAGGUUCCUUCUCUGGUGCGGAGCUUCUUUCCAGAGAGCUGGCUGUGGGAGGUUCAACCGGUCAGUUCAGGUCAGACGUCCUUCAGUCGGUCUCUUCCAGACUCUCUGACCACCUGGGAGGUCAAAGCUGUCGGCAUGUUCCAGAGCGGUAUGUGUGUUCCGGCGCCGGUCCAGGUGUCGGUCAGUCUGCCGCUCAGCGUGAACGUCCCACUGCCCUAUCAGGUGGUCCGAGGAGAGCAGCUGGAGCUCAGCGGUUCUGUUUACAACCAGCUGCCCGACACCAUAAAGUACUGCGUCACGCUGGAAGUCGGUCCGGCUCUCUGCCUUCUUCAGUCCAAGCCGACCUCUAGAGGUCUUCAGUCCACGUCCUGCAGCUGGAGCACCCUGCAUGCAGGGGGCAUCGGGGCGGUGACCUUCACCUUGAUGGGCCUGGAGCCUGGAGAGCACAGCCUGACCUUCACCCUGAAGACCCAAGGAGGAGCCCGAGACGUCCUACAGAAGAAGCUGAGGGUGGUGCCUGAAGGAGUGAGACAGGAAGUUUAUUCUGGAGGAAGACUCGACCCUCAGGGACUCUACGGUUCAGAGAAGAGAACAGUGGAACUGAAGAACCAAGUUCCAACCAACAUCGUUCCCAACACAGCAGUGGAGAGAAUGCUGAUGAUCAACGGAGAGAUUCUGGGUGAAGUCCUGUCGGUGAUGCACAGCCCUGAAGGCCUCCGGCAGCUCGUCAACCUACCGGCCGGGUCGGCAGGGGCGGAGCUCGAUGGGCUGGUCCUCCUCGUUCAGGUGUACCAGUACCUGGAGACGUCGAGGAGCUGGAACGUUCUGGGAGGAGACAUCCAGAAGAACUCGGCCAACCUGAAGCAGAGGAUCAGGGAUGGUCUGGUCGGCAUCAGUACCUUCAGAAACUUAGACUCCAGCUACAGCAUGUGGGAGAAGAGAGAAUCCAGCACCUGGCUCACAGCUCAGGCGGUCCGGACUCUGUCGACGGCAGAUCAGCUGCUUUCCGUGGACCACCAGUUGCUAUCAGAAUCUGUUUCCUGGUUGAUCCGCAACACCCAGCAGCCGGACGGAUCCUUCACUGACAAAUCCUCCUUCAGAGCCAACAGGGUCAUGGCUGAGGGGACGACGGCGGUGGAGAAGUCGGUUUAUCUGACGUCCUUCGUGUUGAUCGCGUUACACCGAGCGACAAGAAUCAGAGAUCCCAUCCUGCAACUGAGAUUUCACGAUGACAGCAUGAACUCUGCAGCAAACUACAUUUCCCAGAAUGCCUCAGGGGUGAAGAGCGUGUACGUGAAGGCGGUAGCGGCCUACGCUUUGACCCUGCAUGACCCCAACAGCAUGGCGGCCUCCCAGCUGUUCAGCAGCCUGGAGAACGUGGCUCGACAGAAAGGUAACCCUGUUGAGCUCAGGUACUGGCAGGAGUCCAGCGUAACGACUGACUGGCUGAAACCCGACCAGUCCAGUGGUCUGAUGGUGGAGACGACGGCGUAUGUCCUGCUGACUGCACUGCUGAAGGGGAGGAUCCAGUACUCCAACCCCAUCCUGUCCUGGCUGACCCAGGAUCAGCACUAUGGAGAAGGCUUCUUCUCUGUACAGGACACAGCUUUGACUCUGGAGGCGUUGAGCGAGUACAGCAAGGUCGUGUCCCGAGCCGUCCUCAACCAGGACAUCAACAUCCGCUACAGGUCCAAGGGUUCUCUGGGCCAAGUCCAGCUGAGCCAGAGCCGACCCGUGGCCACGCCCAUCCAGGUAACGAAGAAUGAUGACAUCACCGUGUCCACAGGUUAUGGGAGGGGCGUGUCGAACGUGAAGAUGAGGACCGUCUACUACCAGACCACAGCGUCCACACAGACCAGGUGUAACUUUGACAUCACCAUCGAGGUGGCCAGCCCCAGCGACUCCGACAAUCCCAGCUUCAGAGCUCCUCACCUGGUCGCCUGUGCAAAGUACAAACCUCCUCCCAACGAGCUCUUCACAGAGUCCAGUCUGACCGUCAUGAAGAUCCAGCUGCCGACAGGUGUGGAGGCUUACCUGGACGACCUGAGACAGUUCAGAGACACCGUGGAACCUCUGAUCUCCCACUACGAGCUGCAGGGGAACACUGUGAUCAUCCAGGCGGACGCUGUUCCGUCGGACGUCUUCCUGUGUGUCGGUUUCCGGAUCAGAACCGGGUUCAAGGUGGGCGGAGCCAGCGAGUCCCUGUUCUCCGUCAGUGAGCCUCAAGACAAAGGCAGUCUGUGCAGUAAACAGUUCUCAUACCAGCAGCAGAAGCUGCAGCGCCUCUGUGUGGCCGAACAGUGUCAGUGCAUGACAGCUGGCUGUGCUGCCUACAGAGGGAAUGUGGACUCCACUCUGACUGCAGCCGUUCAUAUCGAAGAAACCUGCAAAGAUCAGAUCAAAUACGCCUACAGAGUAACAGUGAAGUCCUCGGCAGCAGAAGGAGACUUUAUGAGCUACACGGCCACCGUAGUGGAAGUCCUGAAGAACUCUGAUAAAAAUCUGGAGGCGGUGAGUUCAGGGACUGAAGUGGAGCUCGUAAAGAAGGCCACCUGCAGCAGCGUCGACCUGCAGAAGGACAAACAGUACCUGGUGAUGGGUGGGGGAGGGGCGGAGCUUAGACUGGAUCAGAGCUUCAGGUAUCGCCUCCCGCUGGACUCGGACGCCCUGGUGGAGGCGUGGCCUACAGAUUGUAGUUCUCCGGAGUGUUUGGACUACGUUUCCCAGCUGGAGGACUUUGCUCUGGACCUGCAGCUGAUCGGCUGCCCCUGAAACCAUUCUUCCAGAGCUUUCUGAGCGCAAACGUCAAAUAAUCUGCUUUGAUUUCAGAAUGUUCCAAUGAAAGUUCAGCCCUGUUGCUGUGGAUCCAUAAACAUGAACGCAGAAACACAUCCUGAUUAAAUGACAGAAAUAUGCAGGAAAAGAUGAAGAAAUCUGUUCAAUAAUGUGGAAAUAAAUGCUCCAUUUAGUACCUAAAUGAAUAAACAAAUAUGCAAAUUUAAAUGAAUGCUGAAUUAAAAACUAAUUGAAUGAAUAAUUUUUUGAAUUAAUAUCUAAGUAAAUACGUGAAUCAUUCCAUACAUAAAUAAUUGUGAACUACACGAAUGAGUAAUAAAUUGUUUUAUGCAUAAAAGAGCAAACAAAGGAUUUUUAAAAUCAACAUAUAUAUUGUGAAUUAAAUAACUAAUUGAAUAAACAACUCUAUAAAUCCACUCCAUAUAUAAAUAAAUGUUGAACUAAAUAACUAAAAAGAAUGACUGAUACGUUUAAUUUAUACAGGAAGUGGAAAUGAAUGAUUUUUAAAAUACAUGUAAAAUAAAUAAAUGAACAAAUAAACACUGACAUAAAACACAAUAUGCAAAUAAACAGAAGAACAAAAAAAAUCCAGGAAAUCAAUGAAAUGUCAGCCUGGAGUUUGGUUUAAAUCAGAAAGAAAUGAUUUUUAGUUUGAUUCCAACUGGUGAUGACCUGCUGGGUUUAAUGUUCUGUCAGAUUCAUUUCAUCAAUAAAAA